AUUUAUAUGUUUCUCUUUCAUUCCUGGUUCUCACAUUCAUGACCUGCUCAGAAUUAUAACUGUCUGAAUUUCGCCAUUAACGUUGCUGAUUACCCUUUGAGGAGCAUGGGUGAAUAUCUGCCAAGAAGCACAUGUAGCUUCUAGAAUGGAUAGACAGAAUGGAACAGAAAUUGAUUUUGAGACAUUCCCAUGGAAAAUUGAAAAUUUCUCAAAGCAAGACACCAAGAAUCUUCGAUCCAGGGCCUUUCGAAUCAGAGGUUAUAAAUGGCGGAUUCUUUUGUAUCCAUUAAGAAAUGAUGUUGAACAUUUUUCAUUAUAUUUGACGGUUGCCGGUUCUUUACCACCAUAUGGAUGGAGCAGAAACACAUAUUUCAAGUUGGCUUUAAUUAAUCAGGUGGAUGGCAACAGGUCAAUUGUAAAAGAGGCUCAGCAGAGGUUCAAUGGUGGAUAUCGUAGUUGGGGCUCUUUUUUCAUGAAUCUCAAAGACUUCUGCGACUCUGAACAAGGCUAUCUUGUGAACGACACUUGCAUCAUUGAAGCUCAUAUUUGUGUCUCUGAUAACAACGGCUCCAUACUAAGUGAUCAAGAAACAGAAUCUUCAGAUGGAAGUAGUCGGUAUAGUCAAAUGGAAGAGGAAGUUGAAGGUUCAGAUUUGACACUAAGAGACCUACUAGUUUUUGAGAGUUUAGGAAGAGAAGCAGCAGCUUUUCUUCCACUUUUGGAGGAGGCUUGUACAUGGCAUCCUUCUCUAUUACUGAGCCAAAGGAAAAAUUCUAGCUUGUUCAAACUAUGGGCAUUCACAUCUUUGGGCCAAGUUUUGCAUGUCCUCAAGACAAGGAAAGUGAAGGAUAUGAAUGAAGAUGAAUGCAACCACCUUCAAGGUUUAUGGGAGGAGCUUGUUAGGGCAUCUGGGUUUAAAUUGGAUUGGUUGGAGCCUCAUGUUCAAUCUGCAUUGGGUGUGAAAGUUCGUAUGGAAAGAACAGUGGCAGUGAAUGAACUGAAAGACAGAGUGGUUGCUUUGGAGAUUAAAAUGGAGAGGCUGAGGGGAGAAUUGGCAGCUGCAGAAGAUGAGUUUGAGGUGGCAAGGAGAGAGUUGGUAGAAGCAAGAACAGGUUACAUGGAGAUUGAUUUGAAUGCUGAAUUAGGUUAUGCCAUGUUUUAGACAAAUUGCAUGUACAUUGAACUUAUUUUGCUGAAGUUUCUCUAAAGUUCCAUUUCCUUGGAAAAUAUGGGGCUAAAUAAAUGCCUUUGAGUGCUGCUGCUAAUUUUCCUGCGUGUACUUUGUAUGAUACUUCUCUUUGUAAAAGUGUGAGAGAGAUUGGUGUGAAUAUAUUGUACGAGAGAGAUUGAAUACAAUUUGUGAGAGAGAU